AAAAACCCCUGGCACCGCCGCCCGCCUCCUUACUUCACUGUCUUCAAUUGCGAUUUCCCUUUUUUUCCGUUUACAAUGUCAAACCCCGAUUCUCUACCCGAUGUGACUCCACAUAAAUCGAAACCCGACCCGGAACACCCAAAACCCUUCAACACCGAUGACAUCGACGAAGAAGAAGAAGAAGACAGCGACGAGAACGACGUCGAAUACGAUGACGAGGACGCAAAGGGCGAGGUAUUUGGAGAGCCGAACCGCCUUAAACCUCAAUCUCGAGAGGCUCAGUUCCGUUCGGAAAAACUCAAAAUGGACUCGCUGCUCCAGCGAAUGCAAAGCGGUCCGGUUUCGGUCCGAGUCCACGACGUGAUCAUCAAAGGGAACACGAAAACCAAGGACCACGUAAUUGAAGCCGAGACGGAGGUGUUGAACAACGUUGGCUCGAUGCAAGAGCUCUUAAAAGCGUCACAGAUAGUGAAUUUGCGGCUCCAAGCACUUGAAAUAUUUGAUUCCGUGAAAAUCACGCUCGAUUCCGGCCCGCCAGAACUUCCUGGAACUGCUAACGUGAUUAUCGAGGUUGUUGAGACAGCCAGCCCGCUUUCGGGACAGAUUGGAGCUUAUACGAAAGCGGAGGCUAGAUCUUCCACAGUGGAAGGAUCUCUCAAGUACAAAAACUUCUUUGGUUAUGGGGAUCUUUGGGAUGGUUCAUUGGCAUAUGGUUACGAUCACUCAGCUGAGUUGAGCGCUGGUGUUUUUUUGCCGAGAUUAAAAGGAUUGGUAACACCUGUCACAGCACGAGCAUACUUGCUAUCCCAAGACUGGCUAAAGUUUUCUUCUUACAAAGAGCGAUCGAUGGGCCUUUCUCUUGGAUUAUUUUCUACUCCAUAUCAUGAUUUAGCAUAUAAUCUUGCGUGGCGUACCUUGACAGAUCCAUCACAAAUGUCAUCAAGGUCCAUAAGGAGGCAGCUUGGCCAUAAUUUAUUUUCUUCUUUGAAAUAUACCUUUAAAUUUGAUAGGAGAAAUUCAACAAUGCGACCAACUCGGGGUUAUGCUUUUGUUUCUACUACUCAAAUCGGUGGCCUCACACCUGAUAGCCGGAGCUUACGGUUUCUGCGGCAGGAGUUUGAUCUUCGCUACGUUGUUCCUCUUGGAUUUUAUCAUGCUGCCCUUAAUUUUGGGGUUUCUGGCGGUGUUGUCUUUCCAUGGGGGAAUGGGUUCUCAAGUAGGCCAUCAUCUUUGCCAGAAAGAUUCUUCUUAGGUGGCAACAUAUCUCCGGUUUGUGCUUUAGGAGGGCCAACAGCAUUGUGGGGAUUUAAGACAAGGGGAUUGGGACCGACAGAACCAAAAAGACAGGUUAACAAUGAAAAUGCCGAUCCUUCUGGUGUGGAUUUUCUUGGAGGAGACCUCGCUGUUACUGCUUUGGCAGACCUUUCUUUUGAUCUUCCAUUUAGGUGGUUUAGAGAAAAGGGAAUCCAUGCUCAUGUGUUUGCAUGUGCUGGUAAUGUUGCUAAAUUAACAGAGAAUGAGUAUCGCAAUAUCUCUGUUCUGAAGUUCGUAGAGUCACUCCGAAGUUCAGUAGGUGUCGGACUUGUCGUUCCUACGAGUUUAUUUCGUAUGGAGCUUAACUACUGCUAUAUACUGAAGAAGUUAGAUCAUGAUCGGGCCAAAACCGGUGUUUGGCUUACUUUCUCCGCAGCAUCAUAGAAGUUUUGGACUUUAUAUUGGUGUCUGGCACAAGCGAAAACCGGUGUUUGGCAUGCUUCCCCAGUUGCAUCAUAGCAUUUCGGAUCUUAUAUUGGGUGUCAGCAGAAUUUUGGAAUCUAAUCGAUGUUGAAUUGAGAUUUUCAUCGUUAUUUUCUUUUCACCUGGAAAAUAGGCCACAUUCAUCACAAAUUGUAUUUCAUAUUCCAGUUGCUACAAUCUUUGAGAAGAAGCAACUUUUUGAGCCAAAUUUCUCUGUAACCCAUACAAGAUAAGCUAUGGGUUGAUCUCAAACGUGAAUCAUUAUUUUGUAAUUUCGGUCGGAUAUUUACUGCCAUUAAUCUUAAUAAUUGUUAUUAAAAUUAGAAAA